AAUUAUUGGAAAAAUUAUAUAGGCUUUGCUCUUGGUGUUCUUCGCCAUUGGGGACUUACAUCGUGAUUCACGUUAUUCAUCAGGUUACACGAGGUCGGUCUUGCUACGGGUUUGGUGGUAUCGCCGAACUCAUAUGGUCUUGUAUCAAAAAAUAAAAUGUUGGCAAUAGAAGGAUUCUGGUCACUAGAAGGGGUGGACCUCCUGCCUGGUUGUAAACUUAAAGAUGGCAUAGAUGUUAUGCGCCGAAUUCUUCGUUCUCACAAGCCUGUGGUGAGGUUUAGUGCUUCCAGGGCAUUGCAGAAGGCGAGGAUUGUGUACAAUGUGGGAUGGAUAACUCCAGAGGAUCAUAGAUUAAUGGGUUCCUCUAUGUUGUAUAUGGAGGAAUUCAAGCAUCGUGAUGAUGAGCCUGAAGCUGAACAUGUACCUCAAAUUAUUAAAUCUCAAUCAUUUGCAGUCAAGGAAGCUUCAACUCAUCACUGCAACCUCAUGCGUAGGCACAAUGUAUGAUUAAUUAAUUAUGGUUUUUAUUUCACACUUUUGUUUUGGGUGUUUUAGUUCACUGCUUUUAAUCUGAGGUAGCAGAUUCACACAAGAGGAAAGGAACAAAUGUGAGUGAUGUUGUAAGAAAA